CGCCCCUAACCUCCGUCUAACCCUGUGAUCAUUUCGGAUCUUCCUUAUCACAUAGCCUCAUUCCAUCAUUUCUUGCCAAUUUCUUGCACCAUUCGUCAAAAUGCCGCAGAAGCUGUAUGUCACGUACAAUGAAGUUCACAAACUAUGCCAGGACUCCGCCGACAAGAUCCUGGACACUUUCCGCCCCAAUCUGAUGAUUGCUAUCGGCGGCGGUGGAUAUAUCCCUGCUCGGAUUCUUCGGUCAUUCCUGAAGCGCCAGGGAGAGCCAAACAUUCCCAUCCAGGCUAUCGGCUUGUCGCUCUAUGAGGACCUAGGCCGCGGUGACCCCGAAGAGGUUCCUGGAACCAAGGUCACCCGUACGCAGUGGUUGGACCUGAGCUCCUUGGAGAUGGCGAACCUCAUUGGCAAGAACAUCCUCAUUGUUGACGAAGUUGAUGACACCCGGACAACCCUCGAAUACGCAGUCCGCGAGCUCCAGAAGGACGUCGAGUUGGCACAAAAGCAACUCGGACGGGAAGGCGAGAAGACGAAUUUCUUCAUCUUCGUUCUUCAUAACAAAGACAAGUCCAAGAAGGGAGUCUUGCCGGAGGACAUGGUGGAGGGUGGUCGUUACCAUGCAGCAGUGACAAUUGAUGAUCUUUGGAUCUGCUACCCAUGGGAAGCUAAGGACAUUGAUGAGCACGACCGGUUGGCUCAACAGACUCCCCUCCCGUGAGCUUCUACAACUCAGCUCAAUAUCGCUC